AAAGAAUUGAGCCCUGAGUGUAUAUGGAGCCCUUCGAGAACGGGAAUUGUUUAAACGGCCAACCAUCGUGUCCCAAAGAGAAUAAUCGGUGACUAGUCGUACCAAUCGUGUGCAACGUGGUGAGAGUGACAGAGAAAGGAAUAGAAAGAGAGGAGGAGGGCAUGCUCGGUAUACGAGGUGGUGUGAUCGUUUCUGAGCGAGCAACGGCAACAGCAGCAGCACAUGCUACGGUGAUCCGUAUCAAUUCGCGACUGUGAUUUCUAAGCUUAAGGUUAUAAACAAAAUAUUAAGAAAAAAAAAGAAGAGCAAGAGAGGAAGGAGAAGAGGCGGAUGAAAUAUAUAAAUUAUAUAAUAAAAAAAAAAAAGCAAGAUAGAGAAAUAUAAAAUCGUCCAUUGUGAUAUUAAGAUAUAUUAAAGGAAGAUUAGGUGAACAUGUGCGUUUAAGGAGAUGGGUGUGAAUGAAAGGGGGCGCGACACAGAGUGUGCCAGACUGAAAUGCGAGUGUAAUUAAUGGAAACAAUGGUCGAUCGCGGGGCAUGCGUUGGAUCUAUAAACUGUGAUACACUGAUAACCACACCGAAGAGAGCCUGAUGUUCGAUCACUGACGUCGAAUCGCGUGUACCGACCUAUCUGGAAACAAAGUGGGAUGAAUCGCCGGUUUCGAAUCACGUUCUUGACCACCUCGUGAUUCAUUUCGUAGUCGAUCAGCUCCAAUCGGAAAUCACCGAUCACUGCGAUCCUCGAGAUCGAGAGCGAAAGCUCGCCAUACUCGCCGGCAUCUUCCCCAUUAUCAGGCUCAACAGCGUUGAUGACGUGGAUCCUAGAGGAAGAGGCCUAGGCGUGACAGGGCCGGCAAGGAGCCGCGUGGUGGGCAGGUGAAAGGGGCACGUGGACAGGCGGCGAAAGAGAGGAGAAGAGAGCUUAGUGCAGCGUCGCCGAGGCAGUCACCAGGCAUCGUGUACCACCCCCUGGCCACGGGGGGUGGGACAGAAAGACCGUCAGCGUGGGUGCCGGUGCUGCAGGGGCGCGCCUGGCCCGUCGGCUCGCCCGCAGAUUAGCACGCCGAUUAGCGGCUAGCUCGGGCCCGUUUCGGCGUACCGGCCUGGCGACCUCGGGGGGCCUCACGUCGGCGGCGGUGGCCGUGGCGGCCACGGGGGAGCAAUCCGCUCCCCCAACAGCUGCGCCACGCCAUACCACGCCGAACGGAAGCGCGAACGGAUCGACCUCGAGCUCGAAUCGCAAGAACAGAGCCAUGUCCAUGAGGAGCCUGCACCGGCGCGUCUCUCACCCUUGCCAUGGAAAUGAGAACCGACAUGCCGCGAAACACGAAAAGCGUCCGUCACAGAAGCUCGAAACCUCCUGGCCAUUUUCCUUGGAGGGCGAGGGUGGCGGCGGUGGCGGCCGUUCCGUGGUCAGCCCUGGUGGGGGUGGAGGAGGAGGUGGAGGUCGGCGGGCACCGAGUCUACGACUGGUGAACGGAAGAGCGACUACGGGGGUCAGUUUGCACACCAGCAGCACAGAAUCCGUUCGUUCACCCCAUCACCACCUCGGCCAGCAACAGGGCGGCAACAACAACAACAACAACAACAACAACCAUAACAACAACAAUAACUGCCACGCCGGUAAUAACCCCGCCGCGAACAAUCAUCCACGGCUUAACAAAGAUGACAGCAUCAAGAUCAGCAUCGAGAACACGAACACUUGCACGGACAGCCUCGUCACUGCUCUAGACGACGAGACAUUGCUCAUCACCGAUUUCGUGGCCGACACAGGCAACGAGAUGAAUUACAAGGGCAGCGGGAAGGUCCACUUCGGAGUGGACGAUGUGUCCCUCUACGGGACGCCGAAGGAGGAGCCGGGCCCGGGUCUGCCGGGCCAGGAAGUCAAGCAGAGCUUCUUGAAGAAUCAGCUUCAGGCCCUGUUCCAGCCUACGGACAACAAGCUGGCCAUGAAGUUGUUCGGCAGCAAAAAGGCUCUGAUGAAGGAACGAAUCAGGCAAAAGGCUGCAGGUCACUGGGUCAUCCAUCCUUGUUCCAGUUUUCGAUUCUACUGGGAUCUCUGCAUGCUCCUCCUGCUGGUAGCUAAUCUGAUAAUUCUGCCAGUCGCCAUUAGUUUUUUCAAUGACGACCUAAGCACUAGGUGGAUAGCCUUCAACUGCCUUUCUGACACGAUAUUCCUCAUAGACAUUGUCGUCAACUUCAGGACAGGUAUAAUGCAACAGGAUAAUGCGGAACAAGUGAUCCUGGAUCCAAAAUUAAUCGCAAAACACUACCUCAGGACUUGGUUCUUUCUCGACCUCAUUUCCUCCAUACCACUAGACUACAUUUUCCUCAUAUUUAAUCAAUUUCAGGACUUUAGCGAGUCCUUCCAGAUCCUGCAUGCUGGCCGUGCUCUCAGGAUCCUCAGGCUUGCGAAACUGUUGUCGCUCGUUAGGUUACUACGGUUGUCAAGACUGGUGCGGUAUGUCUCGCAAUGGGAAGAGGUCUAUAUCCCCCUUUAUCAACAGCCGGAGAGGCACUACGAGCGUCGGGCGACACCGCCCCAACCAGACCGAACCAGCAAGUUCCUGAAUAUGGCGUCGGUGUUCAUGCGGAUUUUUAACCUGAUUUGCAUGAUGCUCCUAAUCGGCCACUGGAGUGGCUGCCUGCAAUUCCUGGUCCCAAUGCUCCAAGGGUUUCCUAGUAACUCGUGGGUCGCCAUCAAUGAAUUACAAGACUCGUUUUGGCUGGAACAAUACUCGUGGGCACUUUUCAAAGCCAUGUCGCACAUGCUCUGCAUAGGAUACGGAAGGUUUCCACCUCAAUCCUUGACCGAUAUGUGGCUCACUAUGCUCAGUAUGAUCAGCGGCGCUACCUGUUAUGCACUUUUCCUCGGACACGCGACGAAUCUCAUACAGUCACUCGAUUCCUCCAGAAGACAAUACCGCGAGAAGGUGAAACAAGUAGAGGAAUACAUGGCCUAUCGAAAGUUACCAAGAGAGAUGAGACAGAGGAUCACGGAGUACUUCGAGCACCGUUACCAGGGAAAAUUCUUCGACGAGGAAUUGAUCCUUGGAGAGCUUUCGGAGAAAUUAAGAGAAGACGUGAUCAACUACAACUGCAGAUCGUUAGUCGCGUCCGUGCCAUUCUUCGCCAACGCCGAUUCCAACUUUGUCUCGGAUGUCGUUACCAAAUUGAGAUACGAAGUCUUCCAGCCAGGUGAUAUCAUCAUCAAGGAGGGUACGAUCGGGUCUAAAAUGUACUUCAUACAAGAAGGCAUAGUCGAUAUCGUGAUGGCGAACGGCGAGGUCGCGACCUCGCUGUCCGAUGGCUCGUACUUCGGCGAGAUCUGCCUGUUGACGAACGCGAGGAGGGUUGCCUCGGUCCGCGCCGAGACGUACUGCAAUCUCUUCAGCCUCUCGGUGGAUCACUUUAACGCCGUGCUGGACCAGUAUCCGUUAAUGCGGAGAACGAUGGAAAGCGUUGCCGCCGAGAGGUAUAAGCUUUGGUUAAACAAAAUCGGCAAGAAUCCAAAUCUGGUGGCCCAUCGCGAGGAGGACCUUGGCAGCGAGUCGAAAACGAUAAACGCUGUGGUGAACGCGCUCGCGGAACAAGCUGCGCAUGCUAGCGCCAGCGAGGAAUCGGUACACAGCAUGGAGCUGAGGACCCUCCCUUGCCUGUUGCCCAGACCGAAGUCUGAAAACAAUUUUGCGAGUCAGGAGCUCUCUCGGGAGGGGCGACGAAUCUUCCACAAGAGCGACACUUUCCACAAGGACUCGUAUCAAUGACGACACUCGUUAUACUAGCAUACAGAGAGAUACUAACGGCUCCAUGAGCGACAAUGGCUGCGUCCACUGUCGAUCGAAUCGUUGGCGGCAGUUUUAAGCCUAGAUCCUGGACGAUACACUAGAAGCAGUCUAUACAUAGAUAUUCGCUAUGCCAGUAGUCCUCUAGCGAUCGAUUUCUAGCGCCUUCUUAUAUUAACCUGACGGCACGUUCCAGUUGUCCGGGAUCUAUGCGUAAAAUCGUGCGGACCAAAAAACGUAUAUCACAACGUUCUCCAAACGAUGGCACAGCCAUAUAUAAUAAAAUCUUCGUUUCGGCGUAAUCUUGUUUUUUCUCAUCCGUGGGACGUUCAACUUUGACAGCAAUAAACGAAGCAACCGACAAACGAAGAGGAGAAACACUACUAUCGAGGAGGAAAUAAUACGAUCGGAAUAAAUUUUAAUAAACUCGUGUUAAGCUCGAUAAGGGGAAGAGGAAGAAAAUAAUAAGAGAAGAAAUAGACUUCGCUGUGACAUCGAAUGGAGAACAGGGAGCCGUUAUUCCUGCCACGAGUCUUCUUCAUCGACCUAGGCGUCGCGAGUUUAUGGCGAACAGAUAAACGACGACCGAGGAUGAAGAUCUCAAACGACGAAGAGCAGGCCUAGAAAUUUAUAAAAAUGUACGUAGCCCAUCGUGGACUAAAUAGGAUAUCUUAAAACGACAGUGUUAAGCGAUGCGUAAUUUCUCUGUGAUUUUGCAAAAAGCCGUGCGUCUCGCGUUUUAAAGAGAAGGAAAAUAAGGGAGAGAGAGAGAGAGAGAGAGAGAGCAUAACCUAUACGCGAACGAUGUUAAGUAUUUUGUUUUUGUUAUUUUUUUUUCUUUUUUUCUUUUUUUUUUUUAAACAAUUAACCGAUAUACAGAGGAGAAGAAAGAAGAAACUCGUGAAACGAGGGAUAUUCACAGUUAUAAGUUUGUUAACGUGUUUUAACUUUAGCUUCGUAUCGUUGAAUAAUCCUGUGCGAAUAGUCGAAUGAAGGGAGAAAGAAUAAGAGAGAAGAGUUUGCGAUAUCUCGAAAGUUGGCAAUCGAAAGAGAAUUUCAAUGUGGAAGAUAAAAAGAGAAGAAGAGAAAAAAAGAAGAAAGAAAAUGUUUCGUUUAACAACUUAAGAUCCUCGGGAACGAAUGGAACACAUGCCAGCAGCAAUUCGGAACUCGUUUCUUCGAGUGAUAUGAUAUAUCUUCGAUGAGUAUCGUUUUAUUUUAUUGAAAACAAAAAAAAAAAAAACUACAAAAUAAAAUGAAUUGAUUCGAUGAGAAAAUAAUGGAUGAACAAUAUCGAAUUGAUUUAUAUUCAAAUCGAAGUUUUAAAACACCGUCCUGAGACGUAAACGAAAGAAAGAGAAAGAAAAAAAAUUCAACGCCACAGGAACGGAGAAAUAUAAAAGAUAUACGAAGAAUCUUUUAGGGAUAAGAAGCAAAAGGAAUCGGAAGAAGUUUAAAUCGUUUUACAAACAAACAAACAAA